AGAGAAAAAAACUGAUGUUAAUGGGCCUGAGGAAAUAAAACGUCACUUUUUGUUGUCGUUUCUGAAUAAGCUGAAAUUUUUGCCGCUGUAUUUAUUUUAUUUUUCUACUUUAUUUCCGUCGUGCUUUCGUCUGGUCAGAAGAGAUUGGAAUUGUCUUGGCUUUUGCUGAUAAAACAAACAAUGGCGUCUGCUGCAGUAGCUGAUCAUGAUGAUACAAAAUUCGAAGCGGUUUCUGGAAAAAGAGUUGCAGUCGUAGGUGCAGGUGUAAGUGGUCUUGCGGCGGCUUACAAAUUGAAAUCGAAGGGUUUGAAUGUGACUGUGUUUGAAGCUGACGGAAGAGCAGGUGGGAAAUUGAGGAGUGCUAUGCAUAAUGGCUUGAUUUGGGACCAAGGAGCUAACACUAUGACUGAGGCUGAGCCAGAAGUUGGGACUUUGCUCGAUGAUCUUGGCCUUCGUGACAAAAAACAAUUUCCAAUUUCUCAGAAAAAGCGGUAUAUUGUGCGGAAUGGUGUACCUGUGAUGAUACCAACAAAUCCGAUAGCGCUGGUCACAAGUAGUGUGCUCUCUACCCAAUCUAAGUUUGAAAUCUUGUUGGAACCGUUUUUAUGGAAGAAACAUGCAUUGUCUUCAAAAGUGUCAGACGCAUCUGCACUAGAAAGUGUAAGCGGGUUCUUUCAACGCCAUUUUGGACAAGAGGUUGUGGACUAUCUCAUCGACCCUUUCGUAGGUGGAACAAGUGCUGCGGAUCCUGAUUCCCUUUCAAUGAAGUAUUCUUUUCCAGAUCUCUGGAAUAUAGAGAAAAGUUUUGGCUCUAUUAUAGUAGGCGCAGUCAAAACAAAAUUUGCCGCUAAAGAGGGUAAAAGUGGAAAAUCAAGGAGUUCUCCUGGCACAAAAAAGGGUUCGCGCGGGUCAUUCUCUUUUAAGGGUGGAAUGCAGAUUCUUCCUGAUAUGUUGUGCAAAGGACUCUCACAUGAUGAGCUCAAUUUAGACUCCAAGGUUCUCUCUUUAUCUUACGAUUCUGGAUCAAGACAUGAGAGCUGGUCUCUAGGGUGUGUUGCUCAUAGUGAGACGCAGAGACGAAACCUCCAUUAUGAUGCUGUAAUUAUGACGGCUCCUCUGUGUAAUGUGAAGGAGAUGGAGGUUAUGAAAGGAGGACAGCCCUUUCAGCUCAACUUUCUCCCCGAGAUCAAGUACAUGCCCCUCUCGGUUAUAAUCACCACAUUCACAAAGGAGAAAGUAAAGAGACCUCUAGAAGGCUUUGGGGUAGUCAUUCCAUCUAAGGAGCAAAAACAUGGUUUCAGAACUCUUGGUACACUCUUUUCCUCGAUGAUGUUUCCAGAUCGGUGCCCUAGUGACCUUCAUCUAUAUACAACUUUUAUUGGUGGGAGUAGGAACCAGGAACUAGCCAAAGCUUCCACAGAUGAAUUGAAACAAGUUGUGACUUCUGACCUUCAGCGACUUUUGGGGGUCGAAGGUGAACCUGAGUUUGUCAACCAUUACUACUGGAGGAAAGCAUUCCCAUUGUAUGACAGCAGCUAUGACACGGUCAUGGAAGCUGUUGACAAGAUGGAGAAAGAUCUACCCGGGUUCUUCUACGCAGGUAAUCAUCGAGGAGGGCUAUCUGUUGGGAAAUCAAUCGCAUCAGGUUGCAAAGCAGCUGAUCUUGUGAUCUCAUACCUGGAGUCUUGCUCAAAUGAUAAGAAACCAGAGGAUAGCUUAUGAACAGUGUCAAGGUUCGUCCCUUUUUAUGACUUAAUUUGUAAACUUGUAAAAGGCAAAGAAGCCGAGGGAUUAGCCAACAAACUCAACAAAACCCAGAGUCACAUAGACUCAAUAAUUCCAGCAUAAAUCCAUGUUAAUGUUUUGUCUGUAUUGAGUGUAUUCUUGUUGCAUCACUGAUCUGGUUUGUCUCGGUAGAAAAACAUGAUAGUGUAGAUUUCAGGAUUAAAGAAUCCUUAUAAAAAAAUUUUGCUGAUA